AUGAAAUUCCAAAUUCGCUCCACCAUUUUCUUCUUCUUCCUGUCAACCACCUUACUGACUCUAACCACCGCCGGCAACUCUUUCCCACCAACAUCCAACGACACCGAUUUCAUCCGUACAAGCUGCAGAACCACUUUAUACCCGCAAAUAUGUUACACCUCUCUCUCCGGCUACUCUAGCGCCGUCCAACAAGACCCCGGCCGCCUUGCUAGGGUGGCAAUCGGCGUCACUCUCUCAAAAGCCACUCAUAUGGCUAGAUACGUCUCCAACAUAUCCCGGAAAGCCGACUACGCCGGCAUUCCAAGAGUCGCCGCUGCCGUACACGAUUGUUUCUCGGUGUUCGGAGACGCGGUGGACGAAAUUCGCGGGUCGCUCCGACAAAUGAGGCGGCUGAAUGGGAGUGGGGAGUCGCUGCGGUUCCAGCUGAGCAACGUGCAGACGUGGAUGAGUGCGGCUUUGACGAAUGAGGAAACUUGUACGGACGGGUUUGAGGACGUGCCGGACGGCGGACUGAAGGCGGACGUCUGUGGCCGGGCGGUGAAGGUGAAGGAGGUAACGAGUAACGCCUUGGCGUUAGUUAACGGUUUUGCGAAUACAAUACAAGCUCCAUGA